AUGAAGACCCUCGCUCUUACUCUGGUUACCCUGCUCCUGCAGGCCCCUCCCCUCCAAGCCAAAAUGUACCGCCAAAACGUCCUCACCUUCGAGGUGAGCCCCGACGCACGCGUCACCGGCCAGAAAAUCGAGUACAACGAUCCAGACUGCGACCCAGGCAUGCACUGCGUCGUGACCAAGACCUGCGCGGCCCCGGGCACCGGCCCCACCCUCAGCGCCGACAAGAAGCACUUCGCUUGCUGCCAGACGGGCCAGCGGCUGCUCGGUAGCCCCGAGACGGCGUUUGACUGCUGCGCUGAGGGUCACGAGCUGGCUGGCUCGGCCCAGGCAGGCUACCACUGCUGCCCGACGGGGUAUUCCUUUGACGGACAGCAGUGCAAGCAGGUAUGCAAGAACGGCAAGCUGAUGGUCAACGGACAGUGUGUUUGCCCUGAGGGGAUGCUCGAGGCGGAGGACGGGUCCUGCCAGGCUAGGACGCAGGCGAUUUGUACGUCUGGCCUGGAGAGUGGAAAAUGCUACACCUUCACCGCUGAGAAUGGCAACCGGCUCGGCCUCCGCAACGACGGAGUCUACUACGCCGCACCAGACAGCAUGGUCCAGCGCUACGGCAAGUUCCAGCUCUGCAGUGACGAGAAAUGCACCCCAGGCCGCGCCGUGAACCCCUCCGACAAGACCUACAUCAAGGAUCUGUACGGAGAUGUAGCGACGGGCGCGAACGCGGGGCAGUGGCUCAACAAUGCGCAGAACGGAGCGCAUAUCGGGCGGACUCCGACCUUUGCCAACGCGGGCCAGUUCGUGCUGAGCAAGUGGCCUUGCGGCAAGUACUGUCUGGGUGGAUUUGCGGCGGGCAUUGGGCCAGCUUGUCCGGCGGAGAUCCCGGCUAUGACCUUCUACUCGCAGGAUCCGCAGAUGUGUGUGCCGUAUGAGUUGACCGAGGUGCCGUGUGAUAUCAAGGCGAAUGCGAAUAAUUGUAUUUGGAAGAAUGGGGACCAGUGCUGCAAUAAGGUGGACUGUACCUGGCGUCCUCUUUGA